GCCCUGGAAAGUAGGGAACUACAUUACCCAGAAAGCUCUGCGUUAAACGACAGCCGGUCAGAGCCAAUGAGCACUCGGAAAGAAGGCAUUUCCACGUGUACACGUAACGUCUAAGGCUGAGACUUCCUGGGUCUCUAGUAGCGGUUGUGUAUCGGUGAUGUGGGUGUUUCCCCAGUUUGUGGCCCCUGAGUGCUGGGUGGGACCGCGGUGACUGAACCUAGAAGGUGGAGAGGAAUCGUCCUCGGUGCCCAGAGGCGGCUCUGCAGCCCCGUGACGGCGACCACUGCUCCCGGGCUGUGCUCCCCCAAGUAGUCCGAUGGCAGCGGCUGCGCGGAGGCACCCGACUCAGGGCACUGUGACCUUUGAAGAUGUGGCUGUGAACUUUUCCCAGGAGGAGUGGUGUCUUCUUAGUGAGGCUCAGAGGUGUUUGUACCGUGAUGUGAUGCUAGAGAACCUGGCUCUCAUAUCCUCGCUGGGUUGUUGGUGUGGAUCAAAAGAUGAGGAGGCACCAUGUAAGCAGAGAAUUUCUCUACAAAGAGAGUCUCAGAGCAGGACUCCUAGGACAGUUAUUUCUCCUAAGAAGGCUCACCCCUGUGAAAUGUGUGGCCUCAUCUUGGAGGAUGUUUAUCACUUUGCUGACCACCAGGAAACUCAUCACAAGCAGAAGCUGAACAGGAGUGGAGCAUGUGGAAAAAACUUGGAUGACACUGCAAACCUUCAUCAGCACCAGAAACAGCAUAUUGGAGAGAAAUUCUACAGAAAGAGUGUCAGAGAAACGUCAUUUGUAAAGAAACGUAAGCUCAGGGUGUCACAGGAGCCAUUUGUCUUCCACGAGUUUGGGAAGGACAUUCUGCCCAGUUCAGGAUUGUGCCAAGAAGAAGCCGCUUACCCUGUAGAGAAGACAGACAGUGAAACUACGCAUGGCCCACCCUUUCAGGAGGGAAAAACUAAUUACAAGUGUGGAAAAUGCACAAAAGCCUUCAGCACCAAGCACUCAGUUAUUCCACACCAGAAACUUUUCACUAGAGAUGGAUGUUAUGUGUGCAGUGAUUGUGGAAAAUCCUUUAGCAGAUAUGUCAGCUUCGGUAAUCAUCAGCGAGAUCACACUGGAAAAGGACCUUAUGAUUGCAGAGAGUGUGGGAAAUCUUAUAGUCGAAAGAGCAGCCUUAUUCAACAUCAACAAGUCCACACUGGAAAGACAGCUUAUCCCUGUGAGGAAUGUGGGAAAUCUUUUAGUCAGAAGGGCAGCCUUAUUAGCCAUCAGCGUGUUCACACUGGAGAAGGGCCUUAUGAGUGUAGAGAAUAUGGGAAAUCUUUUGGUCAAAAGGGUAACCUCAUUCAACAUCAGCGACGUCACACUGGAGAGACAGCUUAUCACUGUGGGGAAUGUGGGAAAUCUUUUCAUCAGAAGUUCUGCUUUAUUAACCAUCAGCGUGUUCACACUGGAGAAAGGCCUUACAAGUGUGGAGAAUGUGGGAAAUCUUUUGGUCAAAAGGGCAACCUCGUUCAACAUCAGCGAGGUCACACUGGAGAAAGGCCUUAUGAGUGCAAGGAAUGUGGGAAAUCAUUUAGGUACAGAUCCCACCUCACUGAACACCAGAGACUUCACACUGGGGAAAGACCUUACAGUUGCAGGGAAUGUGGGAAAUUAUUUAACAGGAAGUAUCAUCUUCUUGUUCAUGAGAGAGUUCACACUGGAGAAAGGCCAUAUGCGUGUGAGGUAUGUGGGAAAUUAUUUGGUAAUAAGAACUGCGUGACUAUACAUCAGAGGAUUCACACUGGAGAAAGGCCGUAUGAAUGCAGUGAAUGUGGGAAAUCAUUUCUUUCCAGCUCUGCACUUCAUGUUCAUAAAAGAGUUCAUUCUGGACAAAAGCCUUAUAAGUGCAGUGAAUGUGGAAAAUCCUUUUCUGAAUGUUCCAGUCUCAUUAAACACAGGAGAAUUCACACUGGAGAAAGGCCUUAUGAAUGUACCAAAUGUGGAAAAACAUUUCAGCGAAGCUCUACCCUCCUUCAUCAUCAGAGUUCACACAGGAGAAAGGCCUUAUGAGUGCAGUGAAUAUGGGAAAUCUUUUGCUGAAACAUCCCAUCUCAUUAAACACGGGAGAGCUCAUACUGGAGAAAGGCCUUAUGAGUGCUGUCAAUGUGGGAAACAUCAGAAUGUCUGCUCUCCUUGGUCUUAAAAGACUUUGCGUUGGAACGGAGUCUCAUUCUGUCACCCAGGCUGGAGUGUAGUUGUGCAAUCUUGGCUCACUGCAACUUGGGCCUCCCAGGUUCAAGUGAUUCUCCUACCUCAGCCUCCCAAGGAGCUGAGAUUAUGAGUAUACAACACCAUGCCCGGCCAAAUACUUGGUUUUCAGUACCACAAGAGCUAUGAGCUGGUUGUCCACUUCAUGUGGAAUCAUAAGUGUCCCCAAGUGAGAAUACAUAUAGAUUACCAGGCAGUAAAACAGUUAAGAUGCCACCGUAGCUUUCUUUCUAUUCAACAUCUUUCUAAGGUUACCUUACUACUUCUUUUGUUCCAAGUUUGUAUUUCCUCAGAGUUCUCACGUAUGGAAAGGAUACACACUUUGUAGAAACAAGAACUUUAUGUUAUCCAAGUUCUAGGUUAGCCAUGAGCUCCAAUUACCUCAGAGCUCUGAGUCCUCUACUCAAUACCCGUUGAGAUUUAUGUGUUCUGAGGCUUUUGUCUUCUAGCUACUUAUGUCAUUCUCCAUGGGUAACGUCAUUCAUCCACAUUAACUAAUUUCCUCAAUCCAAGCUCUUUUCUAGAGAUAAUCUCCAGUCCCUGUGCAGACACUGUCAUUGCACUUUCUGCUGAAACGGUAGUUUCUUGCCAGCAAGGUGAGAUUAUGGAAUCCAGAAUUUUUUCUCAGGGGCCACAUGCCCAUUUCCCCACUUGCAUGAAUGUCGACACUGCAGCCACUGUUUUGUCAGUAAAUGUGAAUUUGUCAAGUAAUCACUUUUCCCAGGGAAAUGUCCCAAUCAGAAGAAGAUUAUCUGGGACACCGAUACUGACAGGGAGAUGGGACAUUCUGAGGGACACGGAGGCAGGGUACCACCUCCUCAGCUUCCCUGAGGGCUGCCUAGAAUCUCUCUGUUUCCUCUCACUCUGAAUUAUUCUUCCUCUCAUGGCUGACCAAACACAUGGAACCUCACAAAGUCCAUUGUAAGAGCUUUAUCUUUGUGAAGUGAAGAACAUGAAGACAGUUUCAAUCAAAGUUAUUGAGUGGACACUUAAUGUCUUUAUAACAUUUUUUAGAUAUGUGUUUUUUGGGGAGCAUAAUUUGCAAAUGGAAUCUCUGUUAUUUUACUGAGGUGCUUCAUGGAUACAAGAGUUAAAACUUCCUGUCCCAUUUAGUGAAACAAAAGGUUAAGAAAUGUGGAUAAAGCUUGUAAGUUAGAAAUGGCAAGAUAAUCAGCUAUAUGAAGAAUCUCAGCUGGGUGUUUUGGCUCAGGCCUGUAAUCCUAGCACUUUGGGAGGCUGAGGUGGGUGGCUUACAAGGUCAGGAGUUCAAGACCACCCUGGCCAAUAUGGUGAAACCCUGUCUCCACUAAAAAUACAAAUAUUACCCAAGCAUAGUGGUGGGUGCCUGUAGUCCCAGCUACUUGGGAGGCUGAGGCAGGAGAAUUCGUUAAACCUGGGAGGUGGAGGUUGCAGUGAGCCGAGAUCACACCACUGCACUCCAGCCUGGUGACAGAGCAAGACUCCGUCUCAAAAAAAAAAAAAAAAAAAAAUCAAUCCCUAAAUGUUAGUUUUAUAACAGCAGGUUAUAUGGGCUUAGAUAUUAUCCCUAAAAAAAAAUUUUUUUUUUUUUUGAGACCGUCUCACUCUGUCACCCAGGCUGAAGUGCAAUGGCAUGGUUUUGGCUCAUUGCAACCUCCACCUCCCAGGUUCAAGUGAUUCUCUUGCCUCAGCCUCCCGAGUAGCUGGGCCUAUAGGUUCCCUCCACCACGCCCAGCUAAUUUUUGUAUUUUUAGUAGAGAUGGGCUUUCACUAUGUUAGCCAGGGUGGUCUCAAACUCCUGACCUCAUGAUCUACCCCCCUCAGCCUCCUAAAGUGCUGGGAUUACAGGCAUCUGCCACCGCACUCGGCUUAUACCUAGAAAUCCUAUGAUAGCAUGAUGUGUAGGCACCUAAAAGCAUGGCACUUGAGAAAUGUGAAUAAAAGAUUGUAAGUUACAAAUAGCAAGGUACAAUCAGAUGUUAACAGUCUCAACCCCUAAAUGUCACCUUGUAUUACAGCAUGUUAUAUAAGCACAUAUAGAUAGGCACAUACAUGAAGUAGUGAUACUUCAUUCUCAGUAAUAUUUUUCAUCCUUCUCACUGGAAAGAUCUUUGAUGAUUUUUAAUCAACAUAGGAGUUUCAAUGAUAUCUAGAAGUUUAAAAGGGCUUGUUCAAACAAAUUAUGACCAUACACCCUGAAGAGUGUGUUUCUGUCUCUUGUGGUGUAAAUUUUUAUUUCAUUACACCCAAUUAUGUUCCCACAAAACCUUUAUAAUUGGGAAAUUAAGGAGCCUUCCUCGGAAAUGGAGGUUGCAAUCAGCUGAGAUGGUAUCACUGCACUCUAGCCUGGGCAACAGAGCAAGACCCUGCCUCAAAAAAAACAAAACUUUUUUCUUCAUAAACUACAGUUGAUAUAGGCAAAACUUUCAGUACUAAGCAAUUUUAGUCUCUGCAGGCUCUUGUCUUGAAUUAAUACAACUUUUGUUAAUUCUCUUAUGAAGUUAAAUCUUCCUGCUUGUAUGCAACUUAUAUGUUGAAAUUUUUUUUGUACAAAAGAUUCAUACAUCUUUCCUGUUUGAAAUUAUUUUACCAUGCUUCAUCAAUCUAAUGUUUGUUAUUUUUAUUACACCAGUAACUUCCUCAUUGUGUUGAAUCUGAAAGUGGCAUAGAAAUUGAUAUGUACCUAGAAAUGUUUAGCCAGUCGGUGUGUAUUUGAUGUAGCAGUUUUUUCCUUUGAAUCACAUACUCUAAGAGAAGUAACUUCCUCUUGCUAACCUCUACUUUGCCUAAGUGAUGAAUUAAUCCUCUUUAGAUGAUUAUAGUUAUCUUUUCAACACUUAGCAAGAAAGAAUCUAUAAAGAAGAACUAUAAAUCUGUAAAGAAUUUUCCCAGCCGGGCGCGGUGGCUUUGGUUCAGCGCUUCUCAGCCUUUUGGCUAAGAUCAAGUGUGAGACGCAGUUUCACUCUUAUUGCCCAGGCUGGAGUGCAAUGGUGAAAUCUUGGCUCACCGCAACCUCCACCUCCCAGGUUCCAACGAUUCUCCUGCCUCAGCCUCCAGAGUAGCUGGGAUUACAGGCACCCACCACCACACCUGGCUACUUUUUUAUAUUUUUAGUAGUGACAGGAUUUCACCCUUUUGGUCAGGCUGGACUCGAACUCCUGACCUCAGGUGACGCACAUGCCUUGGCCUCCCAAAGUGCUGGGAUUACAGGCAUGAGCCACUGCACCCAGCCCCCAGCAUCAUUUUCUUCAGAGAACAUUCGAGCAUUCUUCAUGAUGGCUGGGCUUCUUUUUUUUUUUUUUUUUUUUUGAGAUGGAGUUUCACUCUUGUUGCCCAGGCUGGAGUGCAAUGGCACAAUCUUGGCUCACCACAACUUCUGCCUCCCGAGUUCAAGUAAUUCUGCCUCAGCCUCCCGAGUAGCUGGGAUUAUAGGCAUGCACAAUCACACCCGGCUAAUUUUGUAUUUUUAGUAGAGAUGAGGUUUCUCCAUGUUGAUCAAGCUAGUCAGGAACGCCCGACCUCAGGCGAUCUGCCCGCCUUGACCUCCCAAAGUGCUGGGAUUACAGGCGUGGGCCACCAUGCCCAGCGAUUCCUGGGCUUUCAUUGGGUAUUAAGUCUACAAACAGCACCUUCAAUUUAAACUGUCAAUUAAAGUUCUUAAGAUUUAGGAAGUGAUGGAGCUUGGAAAGUUAUGAGAUUACAAAAUCCCUGAAAGUCCAUUAGAAAAACCACAAGAUGGAAAAAAAUAUAAACCAGGCCACAAAGAAGCUUCAGAGGUCCCUGCUGGCCCAGGGACAGAUACCUGGCAGUGUCCAGCAUCAAAGUGAACAUGAUCUGCUUUCAAAGGCAGGGGCUUAAAGCGAGGGUGGUGUGGGACUGGUGGAGGCAAAGUGUUGGGGUGAUCAGACCCAACACCAGGUCACUGGGGCUAUGAAGU